AUGGACUUCAAAUCAACAGCCCAAUCGGCUAUGCUAUCACGUCCAAAGAUUCUGAUGCUACAUGGCCAUGCCCAGUCUGGACACAUGCUCCAAUGCAAGACCGAAUAUCUGAAGCCUCGAGUAACAGAUACUAUACUCAACGCUCUACGACAAGAUCCAAGUUCAGGUCCCUCUGACGUGGUCGAGUUUCACUACCCUUCAGGCAGGUGGCCUGCUAAACGUGAUCAACUCCCGGGAGAAAGUAACCACCUGUGGGCAUGGGGACAAGCCGAUAAUCCGGAUGAUUAUGCCUGUGGCCUUGAGCAGUCGGUCAACGAUAUAUUCCGCUAUAUUGAGAGAAAUGGCCCAUUCUUGGGGAUCAUAGGAUUCUCGAUGGGCGCCGCUAUGGGUGCUAUAAUUGCUUCUCUUUUAGAGAAAAGACACUCGAUCGGCAAUUUCAAAUUCGACACGGACCAUCCCCCUUUGGAAUUCGUAAUUGCGGUUUGUGGAUUUACAUUCGGGGACCCUAUUUACAAUGACUUGUACAGUCCAAAGAUUGAGACACCGAUAUUCCUUGCUAUCGCCAGCAUUGAUACAAUGAUCGCUGAAUCUGCAUCGCUGAGACUUCGUAAUUCAAGCACAAAUACCGCUGUAUACAUUUUUCAAGGGGCACAUUAUGUCCCACGAAAUGGACUCUUCUUGGAAGCCUUGGUCCAUUUUAUUGAAGAUGUUUUCAGUAUCAAAGAGGAUCACGAGGACGACUGGGAGGAUUAUGAAGAUUAUUGA